GCGGAGGAAUAACGGUAGAAGUUUUAAGACAGAUGGCGUAGGUCGUACUGCGGUCGGGUAUUGCUAUUCGUGAAGUGGUAUGUAUAUUUGCAUAAUAAUUAGUGUCGUUAGCGGAGAGAUAUAAACUGCAAAAGUUGACAUAUGGGAUAAAAGUAGCAGCCGAAGCAACUAAAGGAACGCACCUUUUCGUAGGAGAGUAUGAGUGGUAUUUCCCCUAGAAAUUGGAUUUAAUAUGCAGCACUGUUCCUGAUAAGGAAAGAACGAAGUCAAAAGAAGAAAUAAAAAAAUAAAUCAUGCCUUGUAAGUCCAUAUCAGAUUUAGAGAAAGAGAUAGAGGAACUCGAAAAGCUUGAAGUUGCCGGUUUGCUAGAGGAAGGUAACGACGACGAUUCGUCUGAUUUAGAUGAAGGAAGCGAAAAUGACGAAUAUGACCUUGAAAAGCAAAAGAAAAAGAAGCAUAAAAACGAAACGAAGGAAGGAAGUCCAGAGCAGAAAACACCAAAGAAAAGGGGACCAAAAAAGAAAAAGAUGACGAAAGCAAGGUUGGCAAAGCUACGUCUGAGAAGAAUGAAAGCAAACACACGUGAAAGAAACAGGAUGCACGGACUGAAUGAUGCUCUUGAUAUUUUACGUGAGCAUGUGCCAUGUUACUCGAAAACUCAAAAACUAUCAAAAAUAGAAACCCUCCGACUUGCCAGAAAUUACAUAAGUGCCUUAGCUGAAAUUCUAAAAACAGGACAAAAACCGGACAGUAUUUCUUUUGCCAAAUCGUUAUCGAAAGGUUUAUCACAAAAUACGAUGAAUUUAGUUGCUGGUUGUCUACAACUUAACCCGAGGACACUGCUACCAGAGUCGGCCUUUGGAAAACCAUACCAAUUUUACUAUAACAAUUCCUUCGAUUAUCCUAAUUCUCCUAAUUCCAAUAACAUUUCGUUUUCGAAUUCGUACCCGAUUUGUUCUCAGAACGGACCAUAUCCACAAAUUCCAAACGACCUUGACGAUGGUCAACCAUUGUCUCAUUAUCCGUUGUCACCAGUCCAUAAUUCAAUUGUUCCGUCACAAGGCGUUUCGCAACCAAUUUGUUUUGAUAACAUGCGAAAUACUAGUCCACUGCAAGCCCAAACGGCAAACGCAUCUCUUCAGUACGAGGCUGUAACAUCUUCAUACUACAUGCGCUGUGAUAAUGUAAUAGACAAUUUCAGUUGUAAUAUGUCACGUGCUGCUCUCCCGACAACACAACAAUCAUCUUUCAAUUCUACUGCUGUCCCAGAAUGCAAUUCGUACGUCCUCUUGGAUGAUAUACCAGACAUUGUAAUGGAUACAAACAGUCACAUGACAAAUACAUCGUCCAAUAUUUUUAUUUAAGUAUUCAGUUGUGAAUUUUUAUUACUACUUCAGUUAACUCAUAGGUUAUUCAGAUCUUUCACACAUUUACUUUAACAUUUAUGCAAGUGACUGAAAGGAUAACCACUAUGAGUUCAGCCGUCCAAUUUCAUGGCAACUGUUUCCAAACUUUGAGUUCUGCAAGCAUAUGUGUGAGAAAUUAAUUCCAUUUACUUCAUUGGCAUGACGGACUACAAUAAGGAAGUUUUUUUUUUUUUUUUACAAUUUUCGAACAAUUUCGGUAAAAAUGUCAGAAGAUAUCUUUUUAUAGAAGCAAUAUUUGUCUUAUCAAAAGAAGAUGCCCGAUCAUGGCAAUACUAGCAGACUCUGCGAUACAGUGAUUUGUAUUUUGUUAGAGACAGAACGGUCUUGACCGUUAUAUAUAUAUUAAUUUUCUCGUUUUAUAUCAUCAAAUAAUAAGUAAGUAAAGCAGUCGACUUGCCAAUGACUACGUAUUUUUGUAAUUCAUUUGUCAUUUUUUUUUAUUUGUAAUCACGCGUGUUAUAUUUGAUAUAAACUCACUUUUAUGUGCCUUCUCAUUUAUAAUGUAUGUUUUAAUUAUACAUUUUGAACAUUUACAUGUACUUGUAUCACGAUUGUGCCUGUCAACUUGCAGCAAACAAAUUCUAGUCACAAAGUCACAUUUAUUUAUAUCUGUAUAUUUUGCUAUAAGUAUUUGAUAUUAUAUUGAAUAAAUUUACAUGUUCUAACUAUCAAAAUAGUUGGUUAUUA